UAAUAAUAGGUUCCGUCCAGCAACUCUCUCUCUCUCUCUCUCUCUCUCUCUCUUGUGCAAGUUUUACUUUGGACAGGGAUUGGAAAACCAAGUUGUCUCGGGAGAGUUUAGUUGCAGAGUGGAAUAACCGUGUCUUUCUUUGUCGACGAAAAAGAAGGAAAAGAGAAGAUGGUGGGCUCAGAUAGGAGCAAAGAGGCAGUUGGGAUGAUGGCACUCCAUGAAGCUCUCAGAAAUGUCUGCAUGAAUUCUGAGUGGACUUACUCGGUCUUCUGGACUAUUAGACCUCGCCCGAGGUCUAGAGGAGGCAAUGGAUGUAAAGUUGGAGAUGACAAUGGUAGCUUGAUGCUCAUGUGGGAAGAUGGGUUUUGUAGGCCAAGGGCCGCAGAAUGUCUGGAAGAUCUUGAUGGUGAAGAUCCUGUUAGAAAAGCCUUCAGCAAGAUGUCCAUUCAGUUGUAUAAUUAUGGAGAAGGAUUGAUGGGUAAAGUUGCUUCGGAUAAAUGCCACAAAUGGGUUUUCAAGGAACCUUCUGAGUGUGAACCCAACAUCUCCAACUACUGGCAGAGCUCGUUCGAUGCUCUUCCUUCUGAAUGGACAGACCAGUUUGCUUCUGGCAUUCAGACCAUUGCUGUGAUUCAAGCUGGACAUGGUCUUUUGCAACUUGGGUCAUGCAAGAUCAUACCUGAAGAUCUGCACUUUGUCUUGAGAAUGAGGCAUACUUUUGAGUCUCUUGGAUACCAAUCAGGUUUUUACCUCUCCCAGCUCUUCUCUUCUACCAGAAAUGGUUCAUCUUCUUCAACCAACCUGGCCAAACCCACCAUUGUUGGCCGUCCCUCCCCAAUCUUCAAUUGGAGCCAGAGGCCCCUCCAUUCUGCUGCUCUGCCUGCAAGUGCUAGUCUCACCAGCUCUCUAAGGACCGGUAUGGCCGCAACUGAUGAACCCCAUCUCUUCCUCUUCCCUCACGCCCCUGGAUCUCAGAUCGACGACGUGAUCGGCGACCAUGAAGCUGAUAUCAAAUGGCCCAACGGUCUAUCUUUCUUCAGUGCACUCACUGGUCGAGCAGAAGAGAGUAAACUUCUAUUCGGAGCGGAUGGUGUUGGUGAUUUCUGUGAACUGGGAGUCUCUUCUCAAAGGAGGCCUAAACCGCUGCAACAGUUUGCAGUUGGCAAGUCCUUGGAUUCAAAUUCAAAUUCCAAUAGGAGCGUUGAGAACGCCAUGGAUGAUUCCAAAGCCAUCUCCGAAGGAUCAAACGGGAAUGGCCCUGAAAAUGGAAGCUCCGGUGACUACUUGAGCUUGGAGGGCCACGGUAACAGUAAUGACAGGUUCAAGAAGGUGGAGAACAAGUUCAAGAGGAGCUUGACCUUGCCUGCAAGAGUGGCUUCUCCAUCUUUCGAGAACAAUAAUAAUCAUCAUCAUCCAAUUGAUUACAGAGGUCCAGAAGCUGGAGUUUACUCUGAUGUGAUGGAGACGUUUCUAGAGUGAUUAGAUGCCUAGGUUUUUCCACUGUGUUUCUGUACUCUUGUGGCUUGUAAUGGAGCGGAUGUCUUGUACAUAUAAAAGGGUUCAGAGCAAUUCUGCUUCAUUACUCUUUUGUUCCCCAUUAGUAGGUCCUUAGAUUGCUCAUUACACGAAAUAGCAUCAUCUUACUCUGCAA